CCUCCCAAAGUGCGUCCCGGCUUCCGUCAUCUCGACCACCGCUUAAGUGGGCUUUCUCUGCCCGCGUUGGCGAUUAACUGCGUCGAGUUGCGGCGCGCGGCUUUUUUUGUUUGUUUACGAACAACUUAAGGCGCGGCGAUUCGGCGAGCUGCGCGGGGCAGGUGCCCGAGAGGCCGGGACAGCCAUGUCGGACAGUGAAGGCAGCAACUCCUCGGACAACGAGGAGCAGGAGAGCUUCCACGGCAGUGAGGCCGAAGAGGCAGAGGAGGAUGAACCGUCAGAGAAGGGCAGCGUUACUGGCAGCGAUAAGGAAGGAGAAGGCGAGGACUUGGUAGAUGAAGACGAGUAUGAUGAGGAGGAGGAAGAGGAGGAGGAGUCGGGUCGGACAAGGAAGAAGCCUCGUCACAGCCAGUUCAUCUUGGAUGAAGCUGAUGUUGAUGAUGAAUAUGAGGACGACGAACAGUGGGAAGAUGGAGCAGAAGACAUCCUUGAGAAAGCCACAAACAUUGAUGAUGUUCCGAUUCGAAAUGAUGACAAUUCUGGUGCGCGGAGGUUGCAGAACCUAUGGAGGGAACAGCGUGAGGAGGAAUUGGGUGAGUAUUACAUGAAGAAGUACGCCAAUAGCUCGACUGGAGAACACUAUGGAGUUGGUGGUUCCGAUGAACUAUCAGAUGACAUUACUCAACAGCAACUGUUGCCUGGAGUCAAGGAUCCCAAUUUGUGGACCGUGAAGUGCAAGCUUGGCGAGGAACGAGCAACAGCCAUUGGACUGAUGCGGAAGUUCAUUGCUUACCAGUUCUCGGACACUCCAAUGCAAAUCAAGUCCGUGAUAGCCCCGGAGCACCUGAAGGGCUACAUCUACAUCGAGGCCUACAAGCAGACCCAUGUUAAGCAGGCCAUCGAGGGAGUCGGAAACCUGCGCAUGGGCUUCUGGAACCAGCAGAUGGUGCCCAUUAAGGAGAUGACGGACGUGAUGAAGGUGGUGAAUGAGGUGACCAACCUCAAGCCAAAGUCCUGGGUGCGCCUCAGGCGGGGCAUCUUCAAGGAUGACAUUGCGCAGGUGGAUUAUGUGGAGCCCAGUCAGAAUACCAUUGGGCUGAAGCUCAUCCCACGCAUUGACUAUGAACGCAUCAAAUCCCGCAUGAGCAUGAAAGACUGGUUUGCCAAGAGAAAGCGCUACAAGAGGCCACCACAGAGACUCUUUGACGUCGACAAAAUAAGGUCUUUGGGAGGCGAGGUGACAUCAGAUGGUGAUUUUCUGCAGUUUGAAGGAAACAAAUACACCCGAAAGGGUUUCCUCAUUAAGGGCUUCGCCAUGUCGGCUGUGAUCAUUGAGGGAGUGAAGCCUACGCUAUCUGAGCUGGAGAAGUUUGAGGAUCAGCCAGAAGGAGUCGAUUUGGAGCUCGUCUCUGAAGCAAAGGGUAAAGGUGAGAAGGAUCACAACUUCCAGCCUGGAGACAACGUGGAAGUGUGCGAGGGAGAGUUGAUCAAUCUGCAGGGCACAGUGCUCAGUGUCGAUGGCAACAAAAUCACAAUCAUGCCAAAGCACGAAGACCUCAAGGACCCGCUCGAGUUCCCAGCGCAUGAACUGCGCAAGUACUUCAAGAUUGGCGACCACGUGAAGGUGAUCGCGGGCCGAUACGAGGGCGACACAGGACUCAUCGUGCGUGCAGAGGAGAACUUUGUCAUCCUCUUCUCUGACCUCACCAUGCACGAGCUCAAGGUGCUGCCGCGCGACCUGCAGCUGUGCUCGGAGACGGCGUCGGGCGUGGACUCGGGCGGGCAGCACGAGUGGGGCGAACUGGUGCUGCUUGACCCACAGACCGUGGGCGUAAUUGUGCGCCUUGAGAGGGAGACCUUCCAGGUGUUGAAUAUGUAUGGAAAAGUGGUAACGCUGAAGCACCAGGCGGUGACGAAGAAGAGAGACAACCGGCACGCUGUGGCUCUUGACUCAGAGCAGAACAACAUCCAAGUGAAGGAUAUCGUCAAGGUUAUUGAUGGUCCCCAUUCGGGCCGAGAGGGGGAGGUGAGGCACCUGUAUCGCAGCUUCGCGUUCCUGCACUCAAAGAGGCUUGUGGAGAACGGAGGCAUGUUCGUGUGCAAGACUCGGCACGUGGUGCUGGCUGGUGGGGCCAAGCCGAGAGAUGUGACCAACUUUUCAGUCGGGACAUUUGCCCCCAAAAGCCCUCGCCUCGCCAGUCCCAUGCAUCCCAGCGGAGGAGGUAUGCAGAGAAUGCAGCAGAACAUGGGCCGUGGCAGAGGCCGCAGAGACACGGAGCUCAUUGGGCAGACGGUGCGCAUCACCCACGGUCCUUACAAAGGAUACAUUGGUGUGGUCAAGGACGCGACAGAGUCGACUGCUCGUGUUGAGCUGCACUCAACGUGCCAGACCAUUUCAGUGGACAGGACCCGCCUCCAUUCUAUGCGGGAUGGGAUCAGGAGGACUGGCCAGACAUCCACGUAUGGUCGCACACCCAUGUAUGGGUCCCAGACUCCGAUGUAUGGGUCUGGCUCACGCACGCCAAUGUAUGGAUCGCAGACGCCCCUGCAUGAUGCCGGCAACAGGACACCGCACUAUGGCUCCCAGACACCACUGCAUGAUGGAAGCCGUACACCGGGACAGAGUGGCGCCUGGGAUCCCAGCAACGCUAACACCCCAUCCAGGCAAGAUGAGGAUUUUGAGUACACAUUCGAUGAGCCGUCACCAUCUCCACAGCCCUAUGGGGGCCAGUCCACACCGCAGACGCCAGGGUACACAGAUGUGCCCUCCCCUCAAGUCAACACCACCUACAACCCGCAGACGCCUGGCACACCGGCCCUGUACAACACGGAUCAAUACUCCCCGUACCCGACGCCCUCGCCACAAGGCUCGUACCAUCCAACGCCGAGCCCACAGAGUUUCCAUCCAGCACCCAGCCCCAUGGGUUACCAGAACACGCAGUCACCCGCCAGCUUCCAUCCGACUCCAUCUCCCAUGGCAUACCAGUCGAGCCCCAGCCCAAGCCCGCUUGGCUACAGCCCCAUGACGCCGGGCGCAGGCUCGCCAGCCGGAUACAACCCGCUCACGCCAGGCUCCGCCAUCGACCCCAGCACGGCCGAUUGGCACACCAUCGAUAUCCUGGUGGGCGUGCGCGACAGCUCGCCCGAUACCCAGCUGGUGGGGCAGAAGGGAGUCAUACGCAGCAUCUCGGGUGGAAUGUGCUCAGUUUACCUGCCUGACAGCGACAAAGUAGUGAGCAUUGCCAGUGACCAUCUAGAGCCAGUUAUCCCUGCAAAAUAUGACAAGGUCAAGGUGAUUCUGGGCGAAGAUCGCGAAGCAACUGGGACUUUAAUCAGCAUCGACGGAGAGGAUGGCAUCGUGCGCAUGGAGCUGGACAACCAGCUUAAGAUCCUUAACUUGCGCUUCCUGGGCAAACUGGAGACCUAACCCAGCUGCCUCCACACCUCAGCAGGCACAUCGGUUUGUGAGCAUAGAAAUGUGAGUGGGUCAUAGCCCCACAAUGUUUAGGUGGUCCCCACUCUCUCCCCAACUGUUCUGAUUCUUACUUAGUGCUGCAAUAACAAAGGACAGCAUUUCAGAAGCACUUCCUUUCAAUGCACCAGUAAAUCUGAUAAAGAGCAUUUUUGGAAGGUAUUGUCCAGCUUCUUUGGUUCUUUCUUUACCGAAAGAACCAAAGAAGAUGAAUCAUUGCAGUCACGAAAGCUUUAAAUCGAAAUUUAUUGUCCAGCUUAUUGGACAAUGCAUGACCACACUUUUUUAAACUCAUUGUUAUGCCUGAUUUUUCCUUUUUCAGAUGUUAUAUUUUUCAGAGCCAUUAUAAUGCAGUUUCAAAAUAUGCUCUUGUAAUAUUUUGAUUUCUUACCUGGUCUUGUAUUAAAUUGCAAAUGUAUGCAAUGUACGGAUUAUGGUGUGGACAGUCCUGAUGCCACACAUUCUAUUCAAAUAGACUGUCAACUCGUGUUCAUCUAAUUGCUUGGGUUGUCCAAAUUCCCAACUUACGUGUUUGUAUUUGUGGUUGAUAUGCACCACGGAAUAUAGCUCCACAACUUUUUUCAUUUUACCCUCUUAUUGUACAUGAGACAUAAGUAUGUUCAGAGUGGGGUGAGUGGGAACAUGGUUGUUAUAAAGACUAAACAGUUGGCAAACUUGUUUAUAAAACAUAGAGCAUUUUUACCAAAAGGUCAUUGUUUGAUACAUUGGUGUUCAAAGCUUCAACAUUUUUAUUACAGCUUUGGUCGUGACCUUGCUUAUUUAACAAGCACUGAUCUUAUGUUGAAGCAGAAUUAUUUGUUCCUUUGAAUAUUGCUUGCUUUCAAGUUCAUUUGUGUUUGCAUCAAAUGAUUGCAAGCCACAUUAACAUUUAACGUGUGAACAUUUCUCUUUCUAUUGCCAGUUUGAUAUUAAGAUAGAAUACUUGUCUUGAUGAAAGUCUAAUGGGAAACCCUGCAGUCUAAGACAACAAUGAUGCAAUUAUCAGUGGUAUGUUGCAUUUUAAUUGUUCUCAGAAAUGUUACCAUACAGUUCAUAAUGGAGUACAUCAUUGUGUAAGUUAAUUACAUGUGGGAAGCAUUGUUAUAAACAAAUAUAAACUGAAAGCAUGGUCCACUUGCAUUAUGGUUCAUCUCCCAGAAAGUGCCUGCUGAAAAGAUGCCAUUUAUUAGAAUGUGAUACAUUCAAUGAAAGUACGUUGCAAAAUAGUGUGUCAUUACCGAAAAGUACACAGCAAUAGUUUACCCGGAGGUUAAAACAGUUUAUGUAAAUGUUGCAGUGCGACUAAAAACUAACUAAAUUUCAAUGUCUAGUUUAAAUGAUCCAUUAACCAUUGUAGAAUUUGGUGCCAUUUUAUUUGAGCAUAGUCUUGUAUUUAGAGCUGUAUUUCACAUUAUUUUUCUUUUGACAUAUAAUAGUGUGCUCUGUUAUUUGCUUAUAUUGUACCAGUGGUAGUACCCAUUAACCCUACGUGUAAUAUUGUUAAAAUACAGCAUUUACGUCACAGAAGUUGCAACAUUGUAAAAUUCGUCCCGAUACUGUUUGAAAGCAAGUACAGUAAAGUGCUUCGGCCGUCUAAUAUGUUGAACAUGGUGAGCUGGAAUGAACCUUGGAAGUCUGUUCACUUAUAACUCUGGAUGUAUAAUAAAACAAUAAAACACAUCUUGACAA